GAAUCGCUUUACGAACUCAGUUGUGUCGCGCGGACGGUGCUGCCAACAGAAAAAAAGCGGAAAUUAUAUUUUUUUUUCAAACUCCGCACUCGUAAGGUGUUGGUUAAGAUGAAAUACUUGGUUGUAUUCGCCGUUUUUGCUCUGGCGCUGGCCGCCGAAGAAACGAAGGAAGAGGAGAGGCCAAAAACAUUCAGAAGGCUCAUCCCUGCUGAUAUUCUGAGAGAUUUCCCUGGAAUGUGUUUCGCCUCAACUCGGUGUGCGACCGUGGAGCCUGGUAACACCUGGGACCUGGCGCCAUUCUGCGGCAGAAGCACCUGCGUAGUCAGUGAAGAUCAACCACCAAGACUUUUGGAGUUGGUCGAAGAUUGUGGUCCACUGCCACUUGCCAACCCCAAGUGCAAGCUUGACACUGACAAAACCAACAAGACGGCACCUUUCCCCGGAUGCUGUCCGAUCUUCACCUGCGAGGAUGGAGUGAAAUUGGAGUACCCCGAACUCCCCACGCCUCCACCAGAAGGAGAAGAAGAGAAGAAAGAAGAGGAGAAACCUAAAGCCUCAUAAAUAAUAAAUAAUUAAACGUCACAGAUUUUUUGAACGCAGAACUACGUUGUCAGUUGUAAUUUAAAAAAUGGCGCGUUCUUUAAUAUUUUCUAAUUUAAUCUGUGAAUUAUUUGGUCUCAUAAAACGUUACCUAUGCCAAAUUGUUAUAAAAAAAGUAACUGUAUAUCCUUAGUAUUUACUAACAAUGGGAUUACAAUGAACAAAUUCAAACAGAGCUUCAUAUUUCCUGUUCAUUCAAUGAUAUAAAAGAUAAUAGAUGACUAAUCUUUUGUUUAGUAUGAAUGCCGUGCAUUCGAUAUCCAGGUAAAAGUGGAAUGCAUAGACAAGUGAUUGUUUUUUUAGAAGUUUACCAGCUUUUUUAUUUGAAUACCUGCCUAAUGUAAUGUUGUGAUAUUGAUACAGUAAAAUAAAUAAAUAAUAUAAAAGUUAUU